AUUUUAUUAUUUUAUAUAUAGACUUGCAUCCAAAUUUGAAAUUACAAUCUUUUAUUCUAGAUAAAGGAGCAAAUAAAAUGCGAUCAGUUUAAAAAUGCUUGUUAGGUACGUCUAACAUUUCAGUUAUCUCUUGCAAAAUAUAAUAUAUUAUUUUGUAUAACCGUGUCAUUAUCAGCUCACAGCCUCGUCUAGAUCAGAGGUUUAAAAAGCAGUGCGAUGUUAUGUACAAGAUAUGUCAUAUGAACUGUGUGCCUGUGCUAAUCGCAUUACUUUUCUUGCAGAGUCCGGUGACGCCCUACCAACACAUGAUCUAGCGCGUGUCGUGUGUAUUUAACAGUCACCUUUACUUACUAAUGUAACAUUUAGCAGUCACAUUUACUUACUAAUGUAACAUUUAACAGUCACCUUUACUUAAUAAUGUAACAUUUAGCAGUCACCUUUACUUACUAAUGUAACAUUUAGCAGUCACAUUUACUUACUAAUGUAACAUUUAGCAGUCACAUUUACUUACCAAUGUAACAUUUAGCAGUCACCUUUACUGACCAAUGUAACAUUUAGCAGUUACCUUUACUUACUAAUGUAACAUUUAGCAGUCACCUUUACUGACCAAUGUAACAUUUAGCAGUCACCUUUACUGACCAAUGUAACAUUUAGCAGUCACCUUUACUGACCAAUGUAACAUUUAGCAGUUACCUUUACUUACUAAUGUAACAUUUAGCAGUCACCUUUACUGACCAAUGUAACAUUUAGCAGUCACCUUUACUUACUAAUGUAACAUUUAGCAGUUACCUUUACUGACCAAUGUAACAUGCGCUGUAGUACAUCAUGGGACCCCUGUCCUGGAAUCUGUGUUUUGAGAUGAUAGUUCAUUGUUACUAACUAAGAUAUUAAAUAGCAGUGGAACUUACACUUUACUUCAUUACUCGUGAUCCAAAUUUUGGAUUUUGACUCCAUAUUUUUGUUACUUUCGGCUUUGUUCUAGAUGACAACUGACAAGUCGUAAUUUAAUGCCCAUGUUUUGAUCCGUAGUUUUGUUUGAGAGAUGGUUAGCAGAUAUAAAGUCAGAUAUAGGAUCAAAAACUUCCGCUACAAAAUAGGAAACAAGUCUAAGAAAGUUUUCAGGGCGUCUUUGUCUAAGGGGCAGAGUUUAACAAACAGGAACCCUAACUCCACUCAACUAGUAUUGACAGCCUGUUUGAGUGCGGGAUCAGUUGCUACAUACUACAAAGAUAACUGGUUUCGAAUACCAGUUCUAGUCGGAGUUUUAUUUCUCUGCUACAUUCAGUUCUAUAAAACUCGGAAACGAGAGGAAAAACGAUUAAAAGCCCUGGCAGCAAAUCCAGCCGAAGUAGAAGUAGAUGAUUAUUUAGCAUACCUUUAUCAGUUCUUGCCACUAAGAACCGGAUCUAGAGUUGUUGGGUUCGUCGGGGAGAGGGAGCUGCCUCGACCAGUUCUUAACCCCAUUCUUAACUUUUACUGCUGGUAUUUCAAUGUAAACUUAGGAGAAGCAGUACAAGAAUCACUGGACGCUUACCGAACUUUAGGAGACUUCUUCCAGAGGGAGCUCAAGCCUACUGUUCGGAAGAUCGACCGUAAAUCACCUUUGGUGAUACCAUGUGACGGCCGUGUGUUACACUACGGGAAGUGUGAGGAUGGUGUUGUAGAGCAGGUCAAGGGGGUCCGGUACCCAGUGGAGAGGUUCUUGGGCUGUCACCCUCAACUUUCAGAUCCAGAAGCCAAUGAUCUGUUUUACUGUGUCCUGUACCUAGCUCCUGGAGACUACCAUUUGUUCCACAGUCCCUGCUCCUGGUCAGUAGACAAAGUCAUUCAUUUCCCUGGUACGCUGAUGUCAGUGAACCCGUCAGUCUGUAGGAUAGUACCAAACAUACUCACACUAAACGAGCGGGUCCUAAUGUCAGGAUCCUGGGAACACGGUUACUUCUCCUACACUGCUGUUGGAGCUACCAACGUCGGGUCUAUCAGAAUCAACUUCUUGAAGGAUAAGAUCAAAACUAAUAAAGGCUUUCUGAGUUUCGAGAAAGACACUGAGAUAGAAAUCGAACCUAAGAAAGAAAUGGGCAGGGGAGAGAUGGUCGGAGGUUUCAAUUUCGGUUCAACGAUAGUGCUAAUGUUUGAAGCUCCGAAAUCUUUCGAAUUUAAUUUUAAAGCUGAACAGGUGAUAAGACUGGGGAGUGCGUUAGGUCACGUACCUGGUACCGAGUACCCUUCAGAGGAGGAGGAGCCUGAGGAGACUAACUGCGACCAAAUAGCCUUCCAGAUUAUUGACGAACUUAAAGAAAGUAUCAAUGAAGUUGUCCAUGAAACUCAAGAAACUGUGAAUGAAGUAGUUCUUGAGACACAAGACACUUUCAAUGAAGUUUUCAAUGAUACCCAAGACACUUUCAAUGAAGUUGUUCAUGAGACCGAAGAACUUUUCCAAGAAGUCACUCAUGCGAUUUGUAAGUUUGAUCAGACUGACAUCAUGAAAUCUUCAGAUGUUAUAAUUACGGGCUCGAAGCCUGCUAAAGGCGUUGAAUCAUGAGCGACCGAAAGUGAAACGGCAAUCGUGAUAAUGAUAAACAAGGCACGUCUACUUUGCUUUAUUUGAUUCAUUUGGAAUAAUUUGAUGUCUGACAAACUUAAACUUGAUAGCAAUAUUUAUUACAUUGGUGGAUGGUAUUUAGACUAAAUCUGAUAAAGAAGAUUAUGGUUUCUUAGCAUUCCUGACCGUUAUGUUAUAAAGUCCGGUCUCAAUAUUUUAAUGAAGGGUUACUGACUUUUUUAUUC